AUGGCUUCAAGACAUUUUGGUGCCACAAAGCAACCCGCACCAACCGCCAUCUACAUUACUCAGGUACUGCGAGAGGGCAAGCACGUCGCGCACAAAACCUCUGCGCUUCGACUUUUCCUUUUUGGAAGACUUGCGACUCUUAAAAACUUGGAAACAAGCGCAGAGCUGGUCGACUUCCGUGUGGGGCUGUCUAAAGCAAACGAGGUCAAUCGCAGAGCGCGGCUCUUUAUAUUUAAUUGGGUGCUACAAGCGAUAGACAAGGUAUUUUGCAGACAUUUGCACAGUGCCUGCGGAAAACCAACCUGGGCUCGUAAUCGCGAUGCGUCCCGGACGACCGACCCAAUAGGGCACAUUGAACUUGUUAUUGAAUCUGAUCUUACAGCAAAUAUGACAGAUGACAGUUUUCCCAAACCCACCCGGUCAACCGAAGAUCUCGAUGACAUCCGAAAGCCGAGCUAA